CCGUAUUAAAUGCAUAAAUGAGUUUCAAAGGAACAGUAAAACAUCAGAAAGAAUGUUUUGCAUUAUCCGUGGUGAAGAUGUCAGCGUAGUUCUGGCUUGUAAUGGAAUGUGGAUUUCCACAUUCUUCAGAGCUGAAGGCGGGAAUAUUAUGUUCCACCUAAUCGUUUACAUCUACCUGGAAUUCCGUGGAGCAUUACAAUCCACAAGAUCGAUAUUUGUCUUUCGGUACAUUCUGUUGGUCUCCGUGUAAUGAAAUUGUGGGUCCAUAGAAACUGAAUUAUCCGAUUAGCUGAGCUUCCCAGAAACAAAUCCGAUCCAUGCAUAUGGUUGUACAACAAUGCCGUUUCAGUCUAAAGAGUCAUGUUUUGUUUCGGUGACAGUAUCUGAAAGUGAUGAGGUGCUAUAUGUGGCAGCGAACAGAGAAAAGCUUGAGCAUGUAGUGGGGUGGUUGCAGAAACUUGAUUUCGUGCCUGCCAGCAUCUACCUACUGCCCUACUGUACAUCAGAGCCACCGGAUGGUUGGCAGCAUAAUGUACUGAGAGGCAGUGAAAGUAUCGCGAAUGAUAAUAGUGCCUCUACAGCCAUGCUAAGAGAACCGUGUUGUCUUGUGCUCCUGCUGGUAACGUCGAUGGCCGCUUCUUCACCGCAUAUUGUCUUCAUUGUUGCUGAUGAUAUGGGUUGGAACGACGUGAGUUUUCAUGGCUCUGACCAGAUCCCGACGCCAAACAUUGACGCCCUGGCUUACAAUGGCGUUAUUCUCAACAGCCAUUACGUCCAACCCCUUUGUACACCCACAAGAGCUUCGCUAAUGACUGGGAUGUACCCCAUACACAUUGGCAUGCAAGGCUACCCAAUGCUGGCGGCAGAGCCACGGGGACUGCCGCCCAUGAAGAUCCUGCCCCAGUACCUGAAGAACUUGGGCUACGUCACUAGGGCUGUGGGCAAGUGGCAUCUGGGAUUCUACAGGAAGGAAUUCACACCAAUAUACCGUGGCUUCGACUCCCAUCUUGGAUAUUGGGCUGGAUCCAUUAGCUAUUAUGACCAUAUUGUCCAAGAUAUUUACCCUGACGGACGUACUCUGAAUGGCCACGAUUUUCGCCGUAAUAUGGACACAGCGUGGGAUCUGGAAGGACAAUACGCGACAGACAUAUUCACAGACGAGGCUCUCAGAAUCAUCCAGGAACAUGAUGACAGCAGGCCGCUGUUUCUGUACCUGAGCCAUCUUGCAGUGCAUUCUGGCAAUUCUGGAAAACUUGUGGAGGCGCCCCAGGAAUUUAUUAACAAAUUCCGACACAUCCCAGAACCCAACAGACGAACUUAUGCUGCCAUGGUGUCGAAAAUGGACGAGUCCGUAGGUCGAGUGGUGGAGGCGCUGUAUGAGAAGCGAAUGCUGAAUAAUUCUAUCAUAGUUUUUAUCUCCGAUAAUGGCGCACCGAGUGUCGAUAUCUUCCAGAACUGGGGUUCCAACUAUCCUCUCAGAGGGAUCAAGGCAACAUUGUGGGAAGGUGGAGUCCGAGGUGUCGGGUUGAUAUGGAGCCCCCUCUUACGGGAACCACGUCGUGUUUCUGAAGAGCUGAUGCACGUGUCCGAUUGGCUUCCGACACUAUACAGCGCUGCUGGUGGAGACAUUGUCCAUCUUGGCAGUAAUCUGGAUGGAGUAGAUCAGUGGAGUAGCCUCGUCAAUAACGAAGGAUCACCCCGACACCAGCUUCUUGUGAACAUCGACGAAAGAGAUCAAACUGCAGCCCUCAGAGUUGACAACUGGAAACUGAUUUUAGGAACGUUUGGAAAAAAUGGGUCACUGGAUGGAUAUUAUGGAGACGAUGGGUAUAGCUCCUCAAACCCCAAAUACAACAUCUCAUCAGUUAUCAGCAGUCGAGCUUGGAAAUCCAUUUCGUCAACCACAAGGCCCGCCACAGAUCGUGAAGUGCACAAACUACGCCAGGAAGCAACAGUUAAAUGUAACAAUAAAGUAUUUCGUCACGGCACAAAUUGCAACCCUUCAGUGAGCAAGAGGCCUUGUUUGUUUAAUAUUUAUACAGACCCUUGUGAAGAAAAUAAUUUAUCAGUGAUCAACACAGAUGCUACUAAAAAGAUAUAUAAUAUUCUUCUGAGGCACAUACAGUCUCUCAUUCCUCAACUUAACAAGCCUUGGGACACGACUGGUGCUGAUCCCACAAAAUUUAACAACACUUGGAGUCCUUGGGUUGACUGAAUAAGGAGAAGCCUACAAGUGUAUUAUGUUUUCUUAUGUCAUGGCAGAUGUUUCUUGUCGCCAGAUUUGUAUUUGAUGUUACACAGCCAAUGACUUAGGAAAUUUCUGAAGUCCAACAAAUACCAUAUGAAAGAGAGAAAUAAAUUUUACAUGUAGGAUGUGUUCUCAAUGCUUCCAAAUUUGAAAAUCUUACACUCUUAUGUUUAUGUGUUGGCACAGAGGAGUACUGCGUACAUCAACAACCGGCUGUUUCUUUUCAAGUAACGAUAACUGAAUUAGAAAUGUGAUUAAAGUAAUUUUAAUAUGCUUCAUAUUCUUCCAUCUUUUAUGUGUUAGACACUCCUGGCUCUUUCAAGCGCUGGAUUCACUUCUGAAAAUUCUAAUUCUCUCAUAGUUAACUAACAAGACUUCUUUGACAGGGGAAAAACCCAUAAAAAAGCUUCUACAGGGGAAAAGAACUCUAAAAGUGUGAUAUGAACACAGAUGUUACACGCCUACGUGGUGGAACAAUCCAGAAGAUUACGAUUUAAAUGCACGUCACACAAGAAUUCCAAUAAUUUGACCAAGAUAUUAUUGAAGAUAUGAAAUCGUGCAACAGUUUUUGAUUUUGUACAUUUGAAUUUUCUCACAUUACAGAAACAACUUUUGAAGUUCACGCAAUUUACUUUGUGGCCACAUUCCAGUGGUUUCUGCUCUUGCUUUCAUUACCAGUGCUGUACCACAUUCACCUACAGUAAUAAAUAUUAUUUAGUUUUA